AAUGAAUAUCGAACACGAACCACACUUUCUAUGUCGAUGGGGACAAGAAACCUUGCUAUUAGAUGGCAAUGUUUACUUCUUCCCUCCAAAUUCAUCAGCAUCAUUCCUAGGAAAAAAGCCUUCAGAGGAGAUUAGUUGGGAUACUGAUACUUUACGUAGUUCGGUAAUUCCAGUAUUAGAGUCUUAUAUCUCCAAAAAUGGUAAACCUGCUGAUUGGCCAGACUUUAGUCCUAUAAAAGAUGCUAAGGAAGAAAUAAAGAUGAAUUCUAGGACAAUUAAUAAAUAUUUUCUUGUUAUUGAGAAUGAAAACUCAACAACAGGAAGAGAGGUACAGCUGGAUGCUGUUUCUGUGUCAACAUAUUAUGUACGUAGGAAGAUAGAUAACAAAGUUGUCGAACCUAGAUUAUAUCUAUUAAGCUCUUCAAGAGCACCUGAUAUUUUUUUAAAAGAAUCCAAUUCACAUUCCACCUUAACUUCAAUUAUGAUGAAAAUGUCAGGAACUGAAAAGAGGUCACAACUUAGCGAAGAAGAGAUUAAAGAGGCUGAAAAACCGUUAAAUUCACAUCAAGUGAAUGAUGAAGCGGUGCAUGCAGCUGAUUUAUUACAAGGAUUAAGAUAUUCAUUCUACAACGAAAUAGGUUUAAAAAAAUUCAUCAAGGACAAAAGUUUAAUUGCUCUGAAAAACUUUAUACAUCAAUUAUACUUACAUUUAGACAUUGAUAGUGAUCUAACAUCAUCCCUUAGUCAAUUAGAUGAUUGGAUAGAAACUAAGCUUGAUGAGAACUUAAUUACGCAUAAUGAGUGGAGGGAUAAAAUUCAGAUAAUAUUUUAUAAUAUCUUACCAACUUCAACCGAGUUUGUCGGUUGUGCAGGUAGCAAGUCUCACUUAAGAGGCUAUCCAUGUUCCUUGUGGACAUUAUUUCACGUAAUGACUGUUCAUUCGUCAUAUAUGUCGAAGCUAGCUAAAAAUGAUCCUCCAAAAGUUUUAAUGGCUAUGAAAGGCUAUGUGAAAUAUUUCUUUGGUUGCACAGAAUGCUGUAAGAAUUUUUUAAAAAUGGCCAAGAACGUUGAAGAUGAUGUUAGAGGAGAUCAGGAAGCUUUAUGGCUUUGGAGAUCUCACAAUAGAGUUAACAAACGCUUAAAGGGUACACCCUCAGAAGAUCCUACACAUGUUAAACUGCAGUUUCCAUCUCGUAUUUUAUGCUGGAGCUGUCAAAAGAGAAGCAAUCAGUUUCGCGUGUCAAAUGUUGUUGAAUAUCUCAAAAAGAGAUAUGCUAAAGCACAUAUAAUUAUGGAUCAUCCAAAGCGAAAAUUAUUUAUUCACAAUAGCAAAAGUGUUCUUUUCUUAUCGCAAUUUGACGUUGGUUUUUGCAUAGUAUUUUACAUAGCAAGCGUCUUCUUAAUUGUAUGCGUCUACAUUUAUUUCUGGAGGAAGAGAGCAUGCUGCCGAAAAGUUCUACCAAAACGAAAAUAUCUUAGUCAGCCUUAG